AUGAUGGCACUGAGGAUGCAAGCAGGUGGCUGUCGAAUCGGACAGCAUCGGCCCUUGAUUCAAGGAAGAGGCUGGGGCGCGCCACGCUGGACUACGCAGGUCGGCACCGACAUGACCUCGUGUAAGUCGAGGGAGGCAGGCAUACGAUAUGCACUUUUCCGCGACCAAGCCAUCGCCGCCCAUCGCUGGAACGGUGUGGCGUCAAAGGCACUCGGGCAAGUCCGGCUGUCGCGACGGAGGUCAGUGACCAGUGAACUACCUCAUGCGAAGUCGUCUCGAGCAGUUCCAGUUACUUGCCGAGGUACUCCUUGGGUGGGGAGAAGGAACAUGCUGGAGCUACGAGGGUGA